GGACGUGGCGUCGGCGCACACCCCGGAAGCUGGGGACGUUGGCGGUCGCGGCCAUCCCCGUGGUGGACCAGGACAGCCGGACGCUGGGGCUCAGCCAUGAAUUUGUCCCGGACAGCAGCGGCGGCCUCGAACCUGGUAUCCAUGUCUUUGCCGCGCCCCCCCUGCUAACGGAUCUGAUUUUAACAUGGCAGGAAGACAUCAGAAUCGUAUUUCUCUCCCAGCAGUUCAGUCAAGUGCUCAAGUACAUGCUUUUGGAAAUUGCAUAGACAGUGAUAUGCUAGACGAGGAUGCUGAAGUGUACGAGCUUCGAUCCAGAGGAAAAGAGAAAGUUCGAAGAAGUACAUCAAGAGAUAGACUUGAUGACAUUAUUGUGUUAACAAAAGAUAUACAGGAAGGAGACACUUUAAAUGCCAUAGCCCUUCAGUACUGUUGCACAGUAGCAGAUAUAAAGAGAGUAAACAAUCUCAUCAGUGAUCAAGAUUUCUUUGCCCUUAGGUCUAUCAAAAUUCCAGUUAAGAAGUUUAGUUCAUUGACUGAAACAUUGUAUACUCCAAAAGGAAGACAGGCUUCCCGUCCUUAUGUUCAAUAUGCUCCUGAACCACAGGAAAUUUUGCCAGCUGAUUCUCUCUCUUCCAGUGACUCAGCUGGUAGCUUUUUAAAAGAAGUAGACCGAGACAUAGAACAAAUAGUGAAGUGUACAGACACCAAGAAAGAGAACCUUAAUGAGGUAGUAUCUGCUUUGACAGCACAACAAGUCCGUUUUGAACGUGAUAACAAAACCACACAACGCAAGGAUCCCUACUAUGGAGCAGAUUGGGGAAUAGGUUGGUGGACAGCUGUAGUGAUAAUGUUGAUAGUUGGUAUUAUAACACCAGUAUUUUACUUGCUGUACUAUGAAAUUUUAGCUAAAGUAGAUGUUAGUCAUCAUUCAACGGUGGACUCUUCUUCACAUUUGCAUUCUGCAGUCACACCUCCAUCACAGGAUAGGGAAAUGGAAAAGGUAAUUGUUCCAACCAAAGAAGUACAUAUUGACCAACAAGACGACCAUAAACUGUAUAGUCAAGAUUCUCAGUUGCCUGUUGCUCAACACAAAACAUAGCACUUAGCUCACAAUCACUGUGUUAAUGAUCACAUACAUCUGGAAUGUGUUGAAUCAGUUAUACCCAGUAACCACUUCAGAUGCAAAAUUUGGGGAGAUUGAGGUGCUUUUCUUACCUUCCUAAAACUUUUGAGCCAUUUAAAAGGACUGUGUUAUCAAAUUGCUACAGUUGAAAUUUCUUUUAGUGAGCAGGCAGUCCAUCUGUUAAUAAGAACUUAAAAUAUGAAUUUAAAUGUGUUUAGGAAAUUCUUGGAAUAUUGUAUCAGUUUCAUUACUCAAGACUACUUAUGUUUAAGUUUUAUCUUUUAAGUCAUUAUUUUGGAUUAAGUUUGUGUUACAUUUGUGAAAUAUAAUGAUAGUCUCUGAUGUCUGCAGCUAAAGAAAAUUAUCUACUGUGACCCACCAAAAAAUUUAGUUGCCAAAACUAUGAUUCUAAAAUUAUUUGAUAGCAAGUAAAAACUCAUAUUUGAAAUUUUAAAAACAUACUUCUGUAGCAUAUGUACUAUGAAAUCAUAAAUAGAAACAAAUGGAAACAUAAUGUCUAAUUUAUGUAACAAGAAACUAGGACAUUGAUUAAAUAUUUUGAAGGCCCCAAAAUACUGUGCUGUGGUUGGCAGUUGCCAUUUGGUGAUAAGAACACUGGAAUAGGUAAGAUCUAAAAAUUUUUUGUCUCUUAAAAAAUGCUUUAAGACAGACUUUUUAACCUCAUCUGUUUCUGUUUUAAAAUAAUACUUGUCUCUGGUAUUUCAAAGUACUUUGUUAGUUCCUUGGUGAAAAGUGACAUACAUACACAGAUUAGCAUUCUUACAUACUGUGAUAAAGCCUUAAUUAUAUUUAAUGCCUUAUAUUAGUUUAUGUAAGUUUAUAACCACUUUAAAAUGAAAAAUAAGAGUUAGAUGGUCCAAUCAGAUUCAUAGGCGGUCCGUCAUUACAUAAAGCUGUGUAAAUUUAUCUCUACUUUCUCUAGAAAGCACAAGUUAAUGGGGUUUCUGCCUCUGGUGUCUGGCAGGAAAUAUUAACAUUUUUUCCCCUAAUUAACAGUGUAAAACUGAGGAAUACAGAUGAGAAGUGUAAAGAUAGAAUGAAUACUUCGUAGUUUUGUGGAUCAGCCACAGUCUGGCUAAAUAAGAAUUUGUAUACAGGUUCCCUCUUUUUUUAAAUGUGUGUUUUUAAAAUAUAGCUAAAGUGAUUCAAAAUGAGAUUUGAUGAGUCUGGAUUGCCUGUUUUUGCAUAAUAAAGUAUACCUUAAGAUAUAUAAUGCCAUCUCAUUUUCUGGGCAUUAUAUCCUAACAUUUAAUGUUUCUCCCUUUUGAUCAGUCCUUUUAUAUCUCAACUGCCAAUUUUUAUACAGUUAUGUGCAUAAAUAUUUAUGGUAAUUAGGGUUUAUAUACUUUCAAGAGGAAAGCCCGGGAAAGGAACAGGAGAAAGAAAUUACUUUUAAUAUCUGGUAUGUAUCAGAAAAUUACCAAAAAAGUGUUUAGUAAGAAAUUUUAAUGAGUCAAUCCUUUCAGUAAAGCUUUUAGUUAAAAUAAUUUGUUUUAAUGUGCCUUGGGUAUCUUCGAUGUGGAGCGUUAUCUUUAUACUCAAUGUUAACUGGCCAGUUUACGUUCUAUUUAUUAAGCCUGCUGAAAAAUUAAGUCUUAAGGUAGAAAGACAAGAUUAUUUUGGGGUGGAUCAGGCUAGCUGUCAUUUGAAGAACUUCCUUUACAACAAAUUGAUUAGAGUCUGAUUCCUUUUGGCUCAUUUUACUUUGUCACAACUGUGUGGUUACUUCUUUUUAAAAUCAGAGGGUGUUCAUCUGUCUUACAGAGUGUCCUUUUUGAAGGAAAUGUAGCAUUUAUACUUUAUGAAACAAUAGUUUUUUCUCUUUUAAUUAAAUAUUUUGAUCAGUUGAAUAUAAUCCAAAAUAUUCUAUAUGCAGAACUGUAGUUGAAUCUUUUUUAAAAAGGAAAUUAAGCAUUUAGUCGAUUUAGAAUUUUAGUUUUCAAAACAUAUUACUGAGUACACAUUAAAUUUGUAACAAAUGCAAAUUAUAUUGUAUACCCAAGUAAUUUUUAAGUACACUUUAAUUGUGUUGAAAUCCUCAUUUGAAUUGACUUGGAAGCUAUACAUUAGUUUUUACAUGUGUAUUUUUUUCCUAAAUGUAAUUUAUAAAACUUAAUCACUGCAUUUGGUUCAUCUAAACAUUUAAAGUUGCAAGUGAAGAAGAAAUUGGUAUUUUGGGACCAAGUUCUUUUUU